AAUCAAAAAAAUGCAACUGCCCUUGGUCAAUUCGUCUCAAUUAUAACCUGGAAGACGAUAAAUAUCAUAUCUCGCAAGUCGAUCUCCACCAUAAUCACAACCUUAUUCCUCCCCAACUUAUGCAUAUAUCAUCUACAAAUCGCGAAAUACCUACCUUUAUUAAGGAAGAAAUUUUUACCUUGAGAAAAGCAGGAAUUGCAGUACCGCAAAUCCAAUCACUUCUUACAGUAAAAUACGGACCAGCCGCGAAGACAUGGAUAAUGAAAGACAUGUAUAAUUUGAUUGAUACUGAAUGCAUGUUAUGCAGUAAAUUUGAAGCCCAUGAUUUCCUUCUUCUUCAACAAAAGCAUAACAAUGACCCCGAAUUUUCUUAUGAAUUCGAAUUGGACAAUAAUAAUCGACUUAAGCAUGUACUUUGGGUAUAUGCAUCACAAAAGCGGCAAUAUAUGCGCUUUCAUGACACAAUUGUUUACGAUAACACAUAUAAGAGCAAUUAUUUCUCAAUGCCCUUUGGAGUGUUUAUAGGCGUUACAAACAAUGGUCUCUCUUACUGCGCUGCUGGCGCAUUGCUUCGGGAUGAAAUGUCUUUAAGUUUUGAAUGGUUAUUCGAAUCCUUUAUACGUAUUUUUGGCACCGCACCUAACACUAUUCUUACAGACAAUGAUCUGGCUAUGUCUGAUGCUAUUCACUCUGUCCUUACCAAUAAACAUGGUACUAAGCAUGGCCUUUGUAUCUGGCACAUGUUAAAGAAUAUAAGGUCAAAUAUGACUUCUAAACUUGGAAAAAAAUAUAAUAUGUUUCACGCGGAUCUUAUGAAAUGCUUAAACCAUUAUAUUGAUCAAAAUGAGUUUGAGGACCUGUGGAAUUGUAUAAUGGAAAACGAUAACUAUGCUGAGGCAAAGUUGUACCUGGAAGUUCUUAGUCGGUGGCAUGAACAGUGGGCCCCGGCAUAUUUGAAGAAAUAUUUUUUUGCUGAUAUGUCGUCGACACAAAGAGGAGAAUCAAUGAACAGUCUUUUAAAGGGCUUCGUAGACUGUAAAACAAGACUCACAGAAUUUUUGGCAGCUUUUGAACGUGCACUUUAUUUUCGCGAAGAGGUGGAACAUAUUUCUGCUUACAAAGAGCUUGUUCACCCCAUCCCUUCAGAUUUCCCAAAUCCAAUUGAAAACCAGGCCGCUAGUUAUGACAAUGGAGUGCGUUGUUUUAAGCUAUCACGUUACGAAAGGCCUGACGUUAUACGUCAUGUCUGCUAUGAUGGCAAGGUACUUGCUUGUUGCUGCCGCAAUCUCGAAUUUGCUGGAAUAGUUUGUUGCCAUUCCCUUGCAGUUGUGGUUCGUCUGUCUCUCACUCAACUCGAUCCUGUUCACUUUCCAAAACACUGGCGAAAGGACCCACCCGAGUUGGAGCUUGCUAAAGACUAUGUCAAUUUUUAUAGCCAUACACAACCACAAGAUACAGAAACUUUAACAUCACAUGAAUCAUUUGGUGAAGGUGACUCUCAAAUCCGGCUUAUGCAUAUCCAUCGACUAUCAAGAAAAAUUGCAAGUAAGGUUGCAAUGGACUCUGACAAAUGUACAGAUUUUACAUUGUAUCUUGAAAAGUAUUUGGAGGCACUAUAUGCCUCUAAUGAUGAUCUUGCUUCAACUCAUGAGAAUACUUCAGCAUCCUCUGAGCUUCCAAUAAUCAACAACCCUAUAAAAA